CGCUGCAGGGGGACUGAGACUGGCGGUGCUGUGGCUAACUGAACGGCUCAUGUUUGUCUGAAGACAGGAGCGAGGCCUGCUGAGGCACAGAGAAGAUCCCCCAGAUCCUUUCGAUUCAGAGUCUUAAUUUUCCCUCAAGAUGACGAACAGUUCAUCCUCCUGCCCAGUUUACAGAGACCUGGAGCCAUUCACGUAUUUUUUUUACUUAGUUUUUCUGGUUGGAAUUAUUGGGAGUUGUUUUGCAACCUGGGCUUUCAUACAGAAAACUACGAGUCGCAGGUGUGUGAGCAUAUACCUAGUCAACCUGCUGACGGCCGACUUCUUGCUGACUCUGGCAUUACCGGUGAAAAUUGUGGUUGACUUGGGUGUCGCACCCUGGAAAUUGAAGAUAUUCCACUGCCAGGUAACGGCCUGCCUCAUCUACAUCAAUAUGUACUUAUCCAUCAUCUUCUUGGCAUUUGUUAGCAUCGACCGCUGUCUGCAGCUGACCCACAACUGCAAGGUCUACCGAAUACAGGAACCUGGAUUUGCCAAAAUGAUAUCCACGGUCGUGUGGCUGAUGGUCCUUUCUAUCAUGGUACCAAACAUGCUGAUUCCCAUCAAAAACAUCGAGAGAAAAACCAAUGUAGGUUGUAUGGAAUUUAAAGAGGAGUUUGGAAAAAAUUGGCAUGUACUAACCAAUUUCAUAUGUUUAGCAAUAUUUUUAAAUUUCUCGGUCAUCAUUUUAAUAUCCAAUUGCCUCGUAAUUCGACAACUCUACAGAAACAAAGAGAAUGAAAAUUAUCCAAAUGUGAAAAGAGCUCUCAUCAACAUACUUUUAGUGACCAUGGGCUACAUCGUAUGCUUUGUUCCUUACCACAUUGUACGAAUCCCGUACACCCUCAGCCAGACAGAUGUCAUAUCUGACUGCUCCACCAGGAUAUCGCUCUUCAAAGCCAAAGAGGCCACCCUCCUCCUGGCUGUGUCCAACCUAUGCUUUGAUCCUAUCCUGUACUAUCACCUCUCUAAAGCAUUCCGCUUAAAGAUCACGGGGACUUUAACUUCACCUAAAGAGACCGCGGAUAGGAAAGAAAAAUCAAGAUGUGAAAAUGACACACACAAUAUGGGAUUUCAUUUUUAUGAUACCACUUACUAGACCAUAGAAAGAGGAAAAAAAAAAAAUCUUGGGGCU